AUGACAAAGGACACUGAUAUCAGUCCAAGAAUUGUUGGAAAUGGGUACCAACAGCCCGCAGUCCUUUUCAGUGACAAUGAUGCUGCUGUUCUUGCAGUCCGCAACCUUAUUUUUGAUCUAUGCACACAGCAUGGCGGAGGCCACGGCGGCUCGGCACUGGGGAUGGCGGCAAUAGGAGUGGCCCUAUGGAAGUACAUCAUGCGGUACAACCCAGCAGACCCCGAUUGGUUUGACCGAGAUCGAUUUGUGUUGUCGAACGGCCAUGCGAGCAUGUUCCUAUACGUCAUGAACCACCUUGUCGGAUAUGAUGCCUGGACGAUCGACGAGCUCAAAGGGUACGGAAGCCCCAAGGAAAACGGUUACCACACUCUGAGCCAUGCCCACCCGGAGAUCCAAGUUCCCGGCGUCGAAGUGACGACCGGGCCCCUUGGCCAAGGCAUCGCGAAUGCCGUUGGUCUUGCCAUCGCUUCGAAAAAUCUCGCAGCAAACUUCAACAGACCCGAAUGCCAGGUUGUGCAAUCCACAAUAUGGUGUAUGACGGGCGACGGGUGCUUAAUGGAAGGGGUUGCUCUUGAAGCCAUAUCCCUAGCUGGUCACCUACAGUUGGAUAACCUGGUCCUCAUCUAUGACAACAAUGCCGUUACCUGCGACGGGCCCCUGAGCUGGAUCAACACCGAAGACAUUAACGCCAAGAUGAGAUCCCAAGGCUGGGAGGUUUUGGAAGUCCAGAAUGGCACGUAUGACGUCGAUCUGGUUGCGGCGGCCCUUAGGCUUGCACAGUCGUGCACAUGGAAGCCUGUGUUUGUCAACAUCGGGACUGUCAUUGGGGUAGGCACUGCCGCGGCUGGAACCCAUAAAGCCCACCAUGGAUCCAUUGACCGGGAAGCCGUCAUCAAGUCCAAGCAGCUUGCUGGAUUGGACGCCGAAUCUACCUACGACGUGCCCCACAAAACUCUCGGGUUCUUCCGGGAGCGACGACUGCAUGGUAUUCAGCUCCAGCAGGAGUGGGAAGAACUCCUGGUCCAGUAUUCCGCUUUGUAUCCCGAAGAUGCAUCGGCCUUCACCGCACGAAUGAAGCAUAGUGUCUAUGAUGGCAUAUCCGUCUUGUCGUCGAUAGAUAGUGAAGCAUUCGUUGGAAAAUCUACGCGAGAAAGUAACGGGCACAUCUUGGAACGACUAUGGGCUGCAGUGCCGUCGCUUUGUGGUGGAGGUGCCGAUCUGGUCAACUCCAACAUGAUACGUUAUGCUGCGGAGGAUGUUUUCCUGCCACAGACAGGCUACAAGGGCCGUUACCUACGCAACGGGAUCAGAGAGCACGCCAUGGCAUCCAUCGCAAACGGAAUGGCGGCAUAUCAUCCAGGAACAUUUCUCCCAAUCACAGCCACCUUCUUCAUGUUUUAUCUCUAUGCUGCACCGGGGGUGCGCAUGGGAGCAUUGAGUGACCUUCCGGUCAUUCACAUAGCCACCCAUGACUCAUUCCAAGAAGGACAAAACGGCCCAACGCACCAGCCAGUCGAAGUCGACUCUCUCUACCGCGCCAUGCCAAAUCUGUGCUACAUCCGUCCUUGCGAUGCCGAAGAGCUCAUCGGAGCGUGGACGAUCGCCUUGUCGGCCCAAACCCGCCCGAGCAUGAUAUCGAUUGCCCGAGACCCCACGGGGCCGGUUCCCAACACCGACAGGACCAAAGUUGAACUUGGAGCCUAUGUCGUCCAUGACCCCGCGGACUACAGGCUGACCAUCGUCAGCUGUGGAUCCAAUCUCCACCAUGCCGUCGCUGCAGCCGGCUCGCUUGAGGAGAAAGGGAUGCCGGUCCGUAUUGUCAGUGCUCCGAGUCUUGAUCUAUUCGAGCUCCAGAGCGAUGGUUAUAAGGAGGGCGUCUUUGCCCGAGACGGGCGGCCGGUUGUGAGCGUCGAAGAGUAUGUGGCAACUGUUUGGGCAAGGUACGUCACGGCUAGCAUAGGCAUGACAACCUUUGGGUACUCUGCGUCCAAUCCCAGCAACUAUGCUCGGUUUGGUUUGGAUGCAGAGGGGAUUGAGAAAAAGAUCAAAGACUAUCUGACUUUUCUCAAUGGCCGUUCGGCGAGGGAGGUUGGUUGGAGACAGCUGUAG